AUGGCCAUGCUUGCCGUUUUUGCUCGGAGCUGGGCGCGUGUGGCGCCGCACACGCAUACUGUGCGCAAUGCGUCGAACAGUGCAUUUAGACCAGUUCCCAAGUCACUUCCCAAUAUCACCACGCCGAAACAAUUCCUGGAAGCCAUCUCGAAGCAGCGCCGCAACCUCGCUGAAAACUCUGCGUGUGUAGCUGCGGUGGGUGAGAAUUGGGAAGACAUGUUCCGCCUCACGUCUGAAAAGUUAAAAGGCGCAGGCAUUUCCCCACAAGACCGCAAAUAUUUGCUGUGGUCGCUUGAAAAAUUCCGCCAGCAGAAGCGUCCGUGCGAUUUUGCAUACGAUGUAAAGAAGAAAAAGGUCGUACGUGGGUGCGGCCCGCGCGUCCAAAAAGGGUUCCGUAUCCGUGGAGUGCCUCGUCCGGGCGAGCGACGCGCAUAA